AUGGCGGCUCCUGUCGAAGACCAGACGCCCCUCAAGUCGAAGUACGAUGACUACGAUUUCCCGACAACUGCUCCGGAGCCCAAACCUGGCCACCCUGGCCAUACCACCCCCGAGCAGGAUGCCAAGGUGGAGAAGCUCCGAAGUGAAUUGGAGCAAUUGGGCUAUACCGAACGGCUGGACACCCUGACCUUGCUGCGCUUUUUGAGAGCUCGCAAGUUCGAUGUGGCUGCUGCGAAAACCAUGUUCAUUGACAGCGAGAAGUGGCGCAAGGAGUUCGGCACCGACAACCUCGCUCGUACCUUCGAAUACAAUGAGAAGCAAGACGUGUUUAAGUAUUAUCCUCAGUACUACCAUAAGACCGACAAGUCUGCGAGGGGGAAACAGGAUGGAAGACCUGUUUACAUCGAGAAGUUGGGCAAGAUCGACCUCACCGCUAUGUACAAAAUCACUACUGCCGAGCGCAUGCUGCGGAACCUUGUCACUGAAUACGAGAAACUCGCCGACCCCCGGUUGCCGGCCUGCUCCCGCAAGUCCGGCAAGCUCUUAGAAACCUGCUGCUCUAUCAUGGACUUGAAGGGCGUUGGAAUUACAAGCGUUCCGUCCGUCUACGGAUACGUUCGCCAGGCAUCUAUCAUCUCACAGAACUACUACCCCGAGCGACUGGGUAAGCUUUACCUGAUCAAUGCCCCCUGGGGUUUCAGCAGCGUCUUCAGCGUCGUUAAGGGCUUCCUGGACCCGGUGACGGUCGACAAGAUCCACGUCCUCGGUACUGGCUACAAGAAAGAGCUGUUGGACCAGGUUCCUGCCGAGAACCUCCCAGUCGAAUUCGGAGGCACCUGCGAGUGCUCUGGAGGCUGCGAGCUUAGCGACAUGGGUCCAUGGCAAGAGGCGGAAUGGGCCAAGACCCCCAAGUGGGCUGCUACCCCUACGGAGGAACAGUAUGUUGUUAAGAAUGAGGAAUCAGGCCCCGAGCAGAAGACCGAGACGCAAGAGGCCGCCCAGCCUAGCGCAUAA